CAAUAUUGGGGUUUUUUUUUCUCGCUGACAAAGGCAAAUGAAGCCAUGUUUUUGCUUACAAACAAGUAACAUCCCUCACGCCUCCACCCGAAGCCGUGAGCCGGUGCUGCGCUUGACCGAGGCCGCUCGCUUCCUCUCCAUCAUUACUUGCCACAUCUGGACGUUUGGACCGGGAUACAAAAAAAAUAAUAAUAAUCAUUUUUAAGACGAUUACUCGGAUGUUGUUGUCGUUUCAAGCGAACUUCUUCAUCUCCAACUAUUCGAACACGGAGGCGGCAGCGACGCUAUAUUACUGAUUCCAGAAAAUGAAUUUCAUGGCGAGCUGGUGAACCAGCGGUGGACACGAGGCGAAAGGACCAGCAGCCGCUGUCAGGCCUCCCUGAGACUGCAGAGCCGUCGACCAAUCAUGAUGAGUGUAGAAAGUGAUGACAAGCGAACUCGCACUCGGUCCAAGGGAAUCAGAGUUCCUAUUGAGCAUGUAGGACAGGAGCUGAGCUGCCCCACCCCUGGAUGCAAUGGCUCUGGCCAUAUCAGUGGGAGAUACUCACGACACAGAAGCAUUCUGGGAUGCCCCAUAGCCAGAAAGCGGCGAGCUGAGGAGGCGGAGGCCGAGCAGGAACCGGAAACGGAGCGGCCAUCAUCCAAGAGGAAGUCCCACCCCCUGAAACUGACCCUGGAUGACGGCUUCAGCGCAGAAAGUGAUGCCAGCAGUGAAGCCGAGGGAGACGGCGAGAGGGACGGCGAGAACAGAAGCAAGAGCAAGGAGGAUGGGGACGAGAUGGAGGCUGCCGCAGAGGAAGAGAAGAUUGGUAAAGACCUCAUACGGGGACAGACCAACGGACAGGUUGGAAAGACACUGGGUCAACAAACGGAAGAAGAGGACAGGGAAGAAGCAACAGAGUUAGAAGAAGAGUAUGACAUCCUUGUACCUCCUAUGACACCAGAGUAUCAGUCUCCUUCUCGCAAUGCUGAAGAAGUAGCCAACUCUCUCCUCCACCUCGGCCGAGUCCCUGCUACGGGUAACAACAUCGACGCUCCAACAGAGGCCGCCCCGCAGCUGGUUGCCAUGGAGACUGAAGAGAAUGUCACAGUGGCAGUCGAACACGGUGAAAAAGUAGAGGAGGAGCAAGAUCAGGAAACGGCUGAUGCAGUGGAAGGCGUCGCAGGCAGAGGUCGAGACGGACGAGGGGAAACUGAAAGAGCAGAGGAGCAGUUGGUGGAUGACAGAGGCGAGCUUGCGACUCUCGCCAAGGAGGUCCACCAUCAACCCACGGCAGAUGAAGAGGAAGAGACAGCAGAGCUGGCACAUGAGAGAAAGAACACACUCUUAGAGGAUGAAAAGGAUGAGGAGGUGCACCCGAAUGUGCCAACUGCUGUCCGCACUAUCACCAGCACCACAGCAGCUCAGGGACCACAUAUCAAGACUGAAGACCACAGGGUUAGUCCUCUGGAGGACUACAACGCACAUGAGAACUACAGUGUUACGCAAACCAGUCCGCCUGACCACUAUGACUCCCACAAACCACUGAAUAAAUAUAAGACCUGCCUUCCUUUAAACUACCUGUCCCACAUGGCAAGCCCACUCGAGAACUACUCACCUAAUCUCAGAGGCGAUAACUUUAAAAUCCACAAAGUCUCGCCCUCUGCCUCAUCCGACAUUAUCGAGGUGCAUUCUGACAAGUCAGAUGAGAAAGACUUUGAUGAUGUGGAUGGUGACGAUGAACACGAUGACGAGGACAGCCUCUCCCAGCGCUCCACUGUCACCGAUGAGUCUGAGAUGUUUGACAUGACCCGAGGGAACCUGGGCCUCCUCGAGCAAGCCAUUGCCCUCAAAGCAGAGCAGGUGAAGCCGGCUGGGCCCAGAGAGCUCCUGGGCGUGCCCGACAUACAGCACCACCGAUACUUCACCAUGGAAGACCGGCCCAAGCACCUUGAGGUCAUCAGAAAGAGCUACUUCAAAGAGAGUAUUCGACCAGAGAAGAGGGAGAUCAAGUGCCCCACCCCGGGGUGUGAUGGCACAGGUCACGUGACCGGACUUUACCCUCACCACCGCAGCCUGUCCGGCUGCCCUCACAAGGACAGGAUCCCCCCUGAGAUUCUGGCCAUGCAUGAGAAUGUGCUGAAGUGUCCAACUCCCGGCUGCACCGGUCAGGGCCAUGUUAACAGCAACCGUAACACACACCGCAGUCUUUCGGGAUGUCCCAUUGCAGCGGCGGAGAAGCUGUCCAAGAGCCAAGACAAGCAGCUUUCUCAGCCUGGCAGCGACCUCCUCAAAGGAAGUCCCAAUGACAGAGUGCUCAGGCCCAUGUGCUUCGUAAAGCAACUGGAGAUGCCCCAGUACGGUAGCUACAGGCCCAACAUGGCGCCGACCACACCCCGCGCCAACCUGGCCAAGGAGCUAGAGAAGUACUCCAAGGUGUCCUUCGAUUAUGCAAGCUUUGAUGCUCAAGUGUUCGGGAAGCGUAUGCUUGCACCAAAGAUGCCCACCAGCGAAACCUCACCCAAAGCCUUCAAAAGUAAGUCCUCAUUCCCCAAAUCGUCAUCGCCCAGCCUUAGCCUGCACGGUUACGGCAAAGCCUCCUCCUUGGCCUACGACUACUCCCAUGAUGCCGAAGCUGCCCACAUGGCUGCCACCGCCAUCCUUAACCUGUCUACACGGUGCUGGGAGAAACCUGAGAACCUUAGCACCAAACUGCAAAACAAGGAAAUGGAUAUCGAGGUGGAUGAGAACGGUACUCUGGACCUGAGUAUGAAGAAGCCCAUCAAACAUGAAGGCAGUCUGUCUGGCACCAGCCCGGGGGUCCGUUCCCCAGACCCUUCUUCUUCCUCGUCUUCGUCUCUGCAUCACGGGGGAAGCAGUGGGAUGACAUCACCAAACCUACAGAGCUACAAGCAGGAGGAGUGGGAGGGGCCUCUGGAUUUUACCAAACCCAACCGCCAAAGGGAGGAGGAAAUGGAUGAGACGGAUCAUGCCGGGCAGUCAUAUGUGUCAUCCGACCCAGAGGAUGGUGACAUGAUGCAGGACUUAAUGGAGGACAGGAAGUACCCUGGAGAAGUCACAACCCCAAAUUUCAAGGUCAAGUUCCAGCCCAAGGACAGUAAGAAGGAGCUGCUCUCCUGUCCAACACCUGGGUGUGAUGGCAGUGGCCACAUCACUGGGAAUUAUGCAUCUCAUCGCAGUCUAUCUGGGUGUCCUCUCGCUGAUAAGAGCCUACGGUCCCUCAUGGCAGCACACACCCCUGAACUCAAAUGUCCCACCCCAGGAUGUGAUGGCUCAGGUCAUAUCACGGGAAACUACGCCUCCCAUAGAAGUCUCUCUGGGUGCCCGCGUGCCAAGAAAAGUGGAAUUAAAACUCCUACCAAGGACAACCAGGAGGACUCGGAGCUUUUAAAAUGUCCGGUGCCGGGAUGUGACAGCCUGGGACACAUUAGCGGGAAGUACGCCACGCAUCGUAGCGCCUACGGGUGUCCGCUGGCAGCGCGCAGGCAGAAGGAGGGACUCCUGAAUGGCACGCCCUUUAACUGGAAGGCCUUCAAGACAGAAGGACCAACAUGUCCAACCCCGGGAUGUGACGGCUCCGGACACGCAAACGGUAGCUUCCUCACACACCGCAGCCUCUCAGGGUGCCCCAGGGCAUUGUAUGCCAAGAAAAAGGCUAAGUUUCCCACCGAGGACUAUCUGAGCAACAAGUUCAGAGCCGGUGAUGUUCUGGACAAUGACGAGGACAUCAAACAGCUCAACAAAGAGAUUAAUGACCUCAACGAAUCCAACAACGAAAUGGAGGCAGAUGUAGUCAACCUGCAAACUCAGAUCACUUCAAUGGAAAAAAAUUUGAAGAACAUUGAGCAUGAGAACAAGAUGAUCGAGGAGCAGAACGAGGCUCUCUUCAUGGAGCUGUCCGGGCUGAGCCGGGCUCUGAUCCACAGCCUGGCUAACAUUCGCGUGCCGCACAUGCAGGAGCCCAUCACGGAGCAGAACUUUGACAGCUACGUGAGCACCCUGACCGACAUGUACACCAACAAAGACUGCUUCCAGAGUCCCGAGAAUAAGGCUCUACUGGAGAGCAUCAACAAAGCUGUGAAGGGUAUCAAAGUCUGAGACGCGCACGUGCGGAAGAGCAAAGCUGUCCGAAUAAGUGUGACAGAGAGCCACAGGGAUAUUGAAAUACGUCAAAUAAUAGAAAUCAAAAACAACAAAAAGGGAAUUCAGGUUAUUUAAAUAAACACAACCCAGGGAGUAAUCUAUGAGCAGAAAAGGACGCGGACCAAAAUCCCCACCAUGCUGCUUCUGGGAUCAGUGAGGAUGUGAAGAGGAAACGAAUCCUUCAGGCAGAAUGGAUGGCAACGUAGCCUAAGGCUACGAUAUGAGCUACUGCAUCUGAGACGUUCCGUAUGCCGUAUGGUUUCUCAUGUUAUCUCUUGUGUGUCCUGAGAUGUGUAUGAGGACAAGUUUCACUGUUGCCCAGAUGAUCCUAUUUGUUUGGUUGCUUGUUUUUCUUUUUUUUUGGGUUUGUUUUUGUUUUGUUUUGCUUUGAUUGCUUGAAACAAUGGCGAACUUGAAAAGGAUGAGGAGUCCAACAUUAGUUGCGUAGCAUUCACUGUGGCAAGUCUGUGUGUCUUCACCAGCUCUUAACAACCCCAGCGUGCACACACACACACACACACACACACACACACACACAAACAAAACCCAGCAAUAUGGAGCAUGCACUAAACUCAUUGUGUGUUUGCUUUGCGUUACUACCGCACCAAAGGAGUCAACACAAUGUUGAUCCCAUUUUGUGAACGCAUUCAAGUGGCAAGCUUGAUCCAGGAUCAGCGAAGGUUGUGUUCUUUCUUGCGUGUGAUGACUGUUUCCGGGGUUGAAACAGCAGCAGAUGAACAACUUUUCUUUCAUCGUUUUCGAAAAACGGACGUGCGCGUCGUCGCAGUGUGCGCACGCAUUUCGACUUCACUUAGUCAUAUCAAUAGUAUUUAUAUCAACAUAGGAAUUGCACUUCAUUUCAAUGAAUAGUUUUGUGGUCCAAUGAUUACUGUAUAUGAAUUAUUUAAAUUUGUGAACUUAAAUUGUAACUUAUUGACAUUUAUGUUAUUGAGGUUUAUUUAUUUGAAGCAAUUUAUUUAUUGACUUUGUAACACAAGCAGAAUGCAUCUUUACUGAUUAAUAACAAUUUGCAGAUGUCUUACAUCAAUAUUUUAAGAAUCUUUAUAGAUAAACAACAAUGCAUAUUUUUGUUGAGUACUUUUUCAAACAAAUGUUUUAUAACAAAAAGUCACCUUUUUCUUUUUUUUCCAAUUAGUCCUGUUUGUUGUUUUUUUUAAAAUUUUGUUUACCGGUUGUUCUUUCUGGUACUGGUAUGUUACAAAACACUACUGGAAAAAAAAGAGAAAAUAUGUAUUUAUUAUUUAUUUAACGUGAAAGGAAUUGAUUGAUGGCUGUAUAUUUAUUUUGUUAUUUAUGUGCGUGAUGUGACUAUGAUGAGUCCGAGUAGUCUUACAGAUCCACUGACAAUGUUUAAAUAAAGACAAAAAUAAAAUAAAAAUCAGCACAGGUAUUGUUUGAUGGCGUAGGUUUGCCAGCAGGUGAUUCAAAAAAAAAAAACUGAACACGGUCACUGUUGUGUUGCUAUCUGUUCUCUGUUUUGUUUCUGCCAGCUCAUGUUUGCUUUUGGGACAAAAAGAAAACAAGGAAACCAAACAAAAAAAGUGACCUACGCAGGCAUUUUGUAGCAGCCGACAUAACUCACCCCAAACCUUUAUAAUGUACUAUAUAUGUUUACACAUCAUGCAUUUGGAAACGUUCUUUUUCUUUCAAAAAAAAAAAAGCAAACAAAACAACACAAAAAAAAUUGUACUUCUUUCAUUCCAGCUCAAUCACGCAUCUGUGGCGGCUGCGUUAUUUUGAGUUGGCUUUGAAACAUACAAACACUUACACAAACCAAACUGUAGGAUGGCCUCCGUUUGACAAAAAUACACACCCUUGUAGCCUUACUGUAGAUCUUUAAUUUUAUUUAUUUAUUUAUUGAUGCACAAAGUGCCGGUAAAAGAAGAUGGGAAAAUAAAACUCUUAUUUCCAAAUUCUUGGCAUUUUUGCAAUGUUCCUAUGUCUGGUCAUGGGAAGACCACAGCAUCAAGAGAGUGGUGAUUGUUUCAGAUGCCUUUAUUUCUCUGCCAAGAUGGCCAUGAGUACACUAUAUAUUCAUUCUGUAUAAAUAGAUUUGAAAAAUGCUAUAUAUAUAUAUAUAUGAAUAUAAACAUACAUAUAUUUUUCCAGUGUAAUUGUGGACUUGAGCUUCUACUCCUUAUCAAAGCAUCACUGGCUGACGAGAAGAGAUGUGAGGGCUGUGUAUCAAUAGGAGGCAGUUACACUCAGACCUGCUCAACUGUGGCUUUAAAUACAACACUCGCUCGAGUUGAAGGCAAUUAGGAAACAUAAUACGUUAGGGUUGUCGGGAAAAGUGUGACCACUCUGCCCGCUUGUAUUUUAUUUGUCCUUAAUCCAUAGAUGUUAACAGAGAGACAUCUACUCCCUGUACGUCGUACUGAAUCUAAGAUUGAUACUAGAUGUUUGGCUCUUUAUUUCUGGGUGUCAUGUAAGUUCCUGUAGAGUUGAAGAAAAAAAAAAGAAAAAUGAAAGGGGGGGACAUGAUGAUGGCGCCGAAUAACGUUCUGCACAUAAUGUUUGGCAAUGUUGUGCAAUUAUUGUAUUGUUACUGGUCAACACCAGCUGGUCCUCUAUAAUGUUGAAACAAGCAACAAGGAGACUUUUAGUGUUAACCCUGCCUCCUAAGUGGUCUGUCGCAGCUUACUGUGGUGUAUAUUAUGAUCCCCGUGUGUAAAUGAUGUCAAAGGCAUGUUGUCGGUGUGCUUCUAGCCAAUGUAGAAUGGAACUCAGAUGUGCACUUUCUGAAGAACUGUUGAAAAAAAAAUGCCAGCAUUUAAUUUUUGUUUGGUCCAAAAACAAGCUUCCCCCUUGAUGUGCUGUCAGAAAUAUAGUAGGAAGCAAAAUACUUUCACAGCCACCCUACCGCCCCCCCGCCUUCUAAAAAAAUAACAACAUAAAAUACAAAUAAAGAGAUUGGCUUCUAGCUGAGUUUGUCUCUCAACUGAGUGACACCACAGGUCAACAGUUAGCUGAGGCCUGGAGCACUAAGCAAGAAGGCAUAGUGUGUGUAGGAGUGGGAAAUUGAUUUACCAGGCUGCACAAUCUUUCUCUUUUGGAACUGUUUGUUGCAUAAAUAUGAGUCCAUCACUUAAAAGAAUGUCAACGCUUUUUCUGACCUACCCUCAAAGAACCACCCCCCCCCCCCCCACGUCUUGUGUAACCUUUCCUCGGGAAAUAUGAUUUGGGUGCAUUAGUUAACAAAGUACAGCAUCACCCCCCCCCCCCUUUCUCAAAAUGCACGAGAAUACUAUUUAUGACUGUGAAUAUUUUCCCCAAUUUAUUUGAUAUGGAAUGACCCCUUUUAAACUGCUUGAUGAAAUUGUCUAGCGAGGUAUGUAAAUGAUGAUCACAGAGGCCGUAAAAAAUGUACCAUGCUCCAAAAAUGUCAGCCGCCGUAGCCUAAGGGUGCUGACUUGGUGCCCACACAUUGUAUGUUUGCUUCUUUAAAUGAAAUUUCCCUGUGACGGAGUCAGUAGUUGCAUGAUGACUGUUAAACAUGUGGGAAUGUCUUUAAAAAAAAAGCGGCCAGGGCCCACUAUGUCACACUACUUUCCCCCCCCCUUUUUUUUCGGGGAUGCUGUGUCACUUUCAGGGAAAUAGCCUGGACCCAAAUCCAGCAACAAAUUCAAAAGUGAAAUAAGAAGUGAUAUUUGCAUUCUGGUUUUAGUUCAGGUUCUCAUCUACACACAGUGUGAACCUGUAGGAGCAGAACAACAAAGUUUGUGUGGCACAUUUCAUUCAGCUGACUAAAACCAAAAGAGCCCAACUCCCUCCCGCUGUAGUUUCAAGAUGUGUGGUCUUAUCAUGCGUGCCUUUCUCAUGCCUCCCAUUCAAAAAUAAUGGUAUGUUUACACUGCUACACAGUUUGGACUGGAUAUCUUUACUUGAGGGGGUGUUAUAACAAACGGUAACAUACAGGCAAACUUUUUGUUCAGGCAAAAGAAACUGUGAUCUCAUCAUUUGAUUCAGGUACCAAACUGCAUGGACAGUAGCUGUGAAGGAAUAACAAAAACAAAACAAACAAACAAACAAACAAACAAAAAAACACAUACACCACCCUUAGAUACUGCAACAGUGUGCAGGGCAUUAUUUUAAAACAUGUGGACGUCUGUAGAUAUUUCUAUUAAGAGGAAACAGUGUUAUAGUUGUUGUAAUGAAGACAAUUGGUGAAAAAUCGUUUCUGACAAAAGAAAAUGCAACCACAGCCAAGGCUUGUCCUGCUAGCACAUUUUUACAGAGAUGAGCUAUUUUUACUGGUGAUUUUCUAGGCAUUGAUAUUGAUAUCCUUUUAAAUAAGUGCAACACUUCCAAACUUACAAGCACUUCCACAAUGAUAGAUUGUAUGGUAUUUUUUGUUACUUUUGUAGAUACGGUUGUUACUUUGCUACUGCACCAUUUUAUAAAGUGGGACAGGUCUUGGCUGUGUGUGCGUGUGUGUGUGUGUCCUCGGGGUCUCUUUUUCUUAUGGUUUUAAAAUAUGAUUGCUUUAUUUAAUUUAUUUACUUAUAUAUUUUUAAGUAAGACACUGUAGUUUGGCCGAAUUUGUGAUUGUGUGUUUGUGUACAUGUUCCUGUGUCAGUGUUCUAACCCAGAGAAGUGAUGUCAGUUGUUGUGGGCGUAUGAAUCAUUUUAAAUGUUCUCUAUGAAACACAAAUAAAGACUCAUAGACAUGGA